AGCCCACCAGCCAAGACCGCAAAGCCAGCGCCAGUCACAGAAAGGUCCACCAUACUACUCAAAUAAGUUCCAAAAAUUCCCCCCUCCCUAAACAAAUAAAAACACAACAGUCUUUGCAACAAAAUGAGGCAGCCGAGCACACACCAUUCUAUCCUGGCGCUGAUUCUAUGCAGCACCGUUUGCCUAAUCAGCUCAAGUCCCCUGCCACAUCCGGCUGGUAAUCAGGAAUUGGAUUUGCUUCAAAUACCGCUUGCCAAUGGAAAGGAAAUCGAUGUCUUGACACUUGGCGCAAAAGAUCAAGAACAAUUGAUAGCUGAUCGCAACAAAAGAACAAUUGGACUGCUGCGCGAACUGUUUCCGGAUAUAACAAAGAACGGUGCCACCGAUACAAAAAUCGAUCUAUCGGCAAUUAAUAAACAAUUGGAGGAGACAAUUAGGGUGGCGCGACAGGUGAAAGAAGCGGAGGCAGCAGCAGCAGCAGCUGCCGCUCAACAAUCGUCGGGAGGCUCACCCAUUGCCCAGGCACCCAUUCCCCUCAAGUCCAAUGAGCCCAUCCAGCUCAGCUUUAAUAACGAGCUGCCAACAGUAAAUGUCGGCAACAGUGGAAUAGACGAUGUGAAAGCUCUGAGCACCAACGAUUUGCAGCAAUCGGAAUCGAAAUCACCGGCCAUUGAUGACUUGUCAUUGGACUCGGCGGAGGACACGGCCGAUGUGGAUGAUCGCAACAAAAGUAAUCUAUUCAAAAGGUUCCUGAGCUUUGGCGGCGCUGGUCUCGCUGGCGGCUCAAGUGGCGGUGCCACGCCCGGUGGCAACAGUUUGGGCGGCGGCGCCGCCGGCGGCGGUUCCGGUAACUUUCUGUUGGAUGCGGUGCGACUCUUCUCGGGCAGCGUGCAGACCCAGCAGGGCGAUGAGGCCGCCAAUAGCGUAGGAGGAGGAGUCUCUGGCAGCACAGAUGACACAGAUGGUAGCGGGGAUAGCACACGCACUGCCGAUGGUUACACCGAGGGUAUUCCCGGCCCCGUGACGCGUCUCGUUGUCUUGGCCAAUCGAGGACUGGCCAAUCUGGUGCAAGACUUGAUAUUGCGCGUUGCCGCCACCAGCGAGAAGUUUGUCAACUUCAAGGCAAAAUUGAUAACGGCGCUGAUCUAAGUGCACCUUGGCGCCGUCCACAAGGUCCCGUUUUAGUCAAGUCAACAACUCAACUGUACAGAGUCAAACAGCAGCAAACAUUUCAACACUCUCUCUCACACACACACACACACACACACAAAAGCGCGCACACAAUCACGUUAGAAACUCUCCUACACACCCACACACACAUACACACACCAUCACAACACACACACACACACACAUACACACACAAACCAACUAUGAUUUUGUUGUGCAUUAUUUUUGAACAAAAUUUAUACUUUUUAGCAAA